AUGUCUGUCGGUGCCGACGCCCGACCAGCAAAGCGCCGGAGGAUCGAGAAGAAUCGCCCCCGAACGACCGAGUACCUAGACCUCCGCGCUGGUUACAGCCAUGACGAAGACGAUGAGGACGUCGUAGAGCGACUGACCUCGACACUGCGCCAGAAGAAGAAGAUCGUCAUUAUUGCUGGAGCAGGUAUAUCGGUCUCUGCCGGAAUUCCCGACUUCCGAUCCUCUCACGGUCUUUUCAAAACGCUCAAGUCGCAGCACAAGCUGAAAGCUUCUGGGAAACAGCUCUUCGACGCCUCUGUCUACAAGCACAACGAUUCCACGGAAUCCUUCCAUGAUAUGAUCCGGGAACUAUCGCAACAAACCAAAACAGCCAGGCCGACGCCUUUCCAUCACAUGAUUGCCUCCAUUGCUGAAGAAGGUCGAUUGUUGCGACUCUACACACAGAAUGUUGACGGCAUCGAUACGGCCAUGCCGGCCUUGGCCACUACGGUACCACUGGCCGAGGUGGGCGGGGAGAAAGGUGCCUGGCCCAAAACCGUCCAGCUUCAUGGCGGACUGGAGAAGAUGUCAUGCUCCAAAUGUUCGGAGCUUUACGACUUCGACGGUUCCCUGUUCCAGGGCCCCGAACCGCCGCCUUGUCCUAGCUGUACCGCCAUCGACAGUGUACGGACACUGCACGCAGGCAAGCGCAGCCACGGCGUUGGAAAACUACGACCACGUAUGGUGCUUUACAACGAGCACAACCCUGAUCAAGAUGCUAUUGCCAAAGUGAUCAAGGCAGAUACGAAGACCCGCCCGGAUGCAGUCAUCGUAGUUGGCACGAGCAUGAAAAUCCCGGGAGUACGAAAGCUGGUCCAGGAUCUGUGCUACUACACCAGGUUACGCAGGGAUGGUGUUGCCGCUUGGAUCAAUCUCGACCCCGAGCCCAGCGGCGCUGACCUCAAGGAUUGCUGGGACAUGGUGAUCCAAGGC